UCAACGUUCUUCCCUGUCUGGGGAAUCAUCUCAAAUCCGCCCGUUAUCUCGGUUCGAACACAAGACCUCGCAACAGCCCCAAUAAAGCAACCAACGGAUUACAAGCCCUAAUCAUACCAUAACAAUGGAUACUCCAAGGCUUCUGUGUGAGGGAGGAGGUCAUGAGUUCGACUUCGAGUACGUCGACAAAGCGACUUCAGAAUUGCUGCUGGAUAAAUUUGCAGAUAUGUCUGCUUACGAUUUUAAUUACGAGGAGAGCGCGAUCUGGUCUCCUUUAAACCCUAGGGUGUACAACUACACCAACACUUAUCUUUCUGAAAUCAAGCCGAAGAAGAAGAAGCAGCAGAAGCCGAAACCGCAAGGAAAACUAAUGAGGCGCUUAUUCAAGCGAUCUUCUCGCAUGCUGCCUCUGAAUUCAUCUGCGUCGUCCUUCGCAUCUGCUCAGAAGGCACAUUCAUGGACCAGAUUGUUGCGUGUGGCCUCCAGAUGCUUCAAAAGCGGCCGCCCUUCGCUGUCCUCGUCGUCUCUGCGUUUUCUCAAUCUGCCCAAGGAAAUAAGCCUGUCAGAGCAUCUGCAUUAAAAUAAGGCGAAACCCUGAGUUGUAUAUGUUUACAGCUUCAGUAAAUAGAGUAUAUUUUUAGUGAUUUUUAUCAGUACAGACUUGAAGGGGUUCGAACCUUGAACCCGCAGCGAGAUUUGUUUAUUCGUUCGUUGCCAUGCUUGCAGUAAAUUCUGUAGUUUUACUUGAUUUGCUGUUUAACCGACUAUUUUUUUAUUAUUAUUAUUAUUAUUAAUUAUUAUUGUAA